AUGGAGAAACCAAACCCUAAACGACCUUCCAACACUGUUCUUCCUUACCAGACUCCUCGAUUGAGAGAUCACUACCUUCUGGGUAAAAAGCUAGGCCAAGGCCAAUUCGGAACCACCUAUCUCUGCACAGAGAAGUCUACCUCCUCCAAUUACGCCUGCAAAUCAAUCCCCAAGCGCAAGCUCGUUUGCCGUGAAGAUUACGAGGAUGUCUGGCGAGAGAUUCAGAUCAUGCAUCAUCUUUCCGAACACCCAAAUGUUGUUCGGAUCAAGGGUACUUACGAAGAUUCCGUCUUCGUUCACAUCGUUAUGGAGGUUUGUGAAGGUGGAGAGCUUUUCGAUCGGAUUGUCUCAAAGGGUCAUUUCAGCGAACGAGAGGCGGUUAAGCUUAUUAAGACCAUCUUAGGCGUUGUUGAGGCUUGUCAUUCUCUUGGUGUUAUGCAUAGAGAUCUCAAACCUGAGAAUUUCUUGUUUGAUAGCCCUAAGGAAGAUGCUAAGCUCAAGGCCACCGAUUUUGGUUUGUCUGUCUUCUACAAGCCAGGACAAUAUCUCUACGACGUAGUUGGAAGUCCUUACUAUGUUGCACCGGAAGUUCUAAAGAAAUGUUAUGGACCUGAGAUAGAUGUGUGGAGCGCCGGUGUUAUCCUUUACAUCUUACUUAGCGGUGUUCCUCCCUUUUGGGCAGAAACCGAGUCUGGAAUCUUUAGACAGAUAUUACAAGGGAAGUUAGAUUUCAAAUCUGACCCGUGGCCUAGUAUCUCAGAAGCUGCUAAAGAUUUGAUCAACAAAAUGCUUGAAAGGAGCCCCAAGAAACGCAUUUCUGCUCAUGAAGCCUUGUGUCACCCAUGGAUUGUGGACGAACAUGCGGCACCGGACAAGCCUCUUGAUCCAGCAGUCUUAUCUCGACUAAAGCAGUUCUCGCAAAUGAAUAAGAUUAAAAAGAUGGCCUUAAGGGUGAUUGCUGAGAGACUUUCAGAGGAAGAAAUUGGAGGUCUGAAGGAACUGUUCAAAAUGAUAGACACAGACAACAGUGGGACGAUUACCUUUGAAGAGCUCAAGGCUGGUUUGAAGAGAGUCGGAUCCGAACUGAUGGAAUCAGAAAUCAAGUCUCUUAUGGACGCGGCGGAUAUCGACAACAGCGGUACAAUAGACUACGGAGAAUUCCUAGCAGCGACAUUACACAUGAACAAGAUGGAGAGAGAGGAGAAUCUGGUGGCUGCAUUUUCAUACUUUGACAAAGACGGGAGCGGAUAUAUCACAAUCGAUGAGCUUCAGUCAGCUUGCACAGAGUUUGGUCUAUGUGAUACACCACUCGACGACAUGAUCAAGGAGAUUGAUCUUGACAAUGACGGGAAGAUCGAUUUCUCGGAGUUUACGGCAAUGAUGAGGAAAGGAGAUGGAGUUGGGAGAAGCAGAACCAUGAUGAAGAACUUGAACUUCAACAUAGCUCAUGCUUUUGGAGUUGAUGGUCAACAAUCUGAAGACUGA